AUGGGGAAGAAAUUCUUUCCAUCACGACCUCGAGCAUACACGGCCGAUACCGGUGUUGGUUCCACUGGAGAUGGAACAGCUGACUCUCUGCAGGCGAACCAGAGCUGGCCAGUUGGCAGUGCAAAGGAAUCAAGACGCAAGAUCGUUAAGACAGUGCGGUCUCAUCGACAGGACAUCAACCCGCCAGAAACCUUAGACGAAUAUAGCUCUUCACUCCCUCACGGGUCUCCCCUCCAUUUUGCAUCCGUGAACGCAUCACGGGAUGAUCAGAGGAUAGGUGUCGCUUCCGCCAAUCCGUCGACGGAACCGGUCAAUGACACAUGGGCGGAUAUAUCCAGCAUGAGUCCCCUAACGUUGGACGAAGACGUCCACGGCAAGAAUUACAGUUCACUGAAGCGUAAACCAAGCAAAUGGAUGAAAUUCGGUGGGCUAUUCAAGUCAAAAAGUCCAGAAUCCCCGCCUCGCGUGCCCUUUUACGAGGUUAGGGUAAACGACCGUCAGCUGCAAACGUUGGAUAGCUCGGAGUACGUGCCUGAUAUGCAGCUACUACGAAGGAAGCCAAUUAUACCCGGAGCUCGACCGUGGCCUGCGCGAUCGCAGUCGCUUCCACGUCAUGGGGAGUUUCCGUCGAUGGUGAUGGACGUUGGCCACAGCAAUCCGGCAGAGACAGGCGCUUGGGCAGCGGGAGAUCAAGAGCAAUACCACCAACGGGGGCCUUGGUCUCAGACACCUUUGGAGACCACAGAAUCUCAGCCAGAUGGAUCCACCUCUAAUGCUCCGCUUCUCAAUGUUUGUAUUCCUGAUGUUGGGAUGGAACGUUAUAGCGUCAUGUUUGGCUCGAUACAUGACACAAAAAAAGGAUCAAACUUGCUUUCUCGCCGAAGCAAGAACCUCGAUAACCUCACAGACCCAGCCACGGUGAAAGCGAUGCAGAACGAUCUUGCCAGACCAAGGCGUGCUACUUCCCCUGGGCCAUCAAAGUCUCCUACUUUUACACUAUUCCCAGCAACACCCACCAAUAAGGCCUCAAAACUUUUAGGAUCUCACUGCCUUCCCCGUAGGCCAACUCCGUUGCAAAAAUCCCACACCCUACCCGUCUUGUCAGACGCAACCUCCUUUGAAAUGGCCGCUCGAAGCAAACAGCUUCUUCAGAGCCCUGUGGAGACAUCGGAAUCAUCCCAUAGCAGAUGGGGAUCGGCCUCCUACUUUUCAACCUCUCCCUCAGAAAUGGAUGAUGGGUUUUCAGAUGAGGACCACGAGACGAUUAAACUGCGCAUUAAACCACCCGAACAGGAGGAGCCUGUGUGGGAAAUGGUGACCCCCGCACGUAAGACUUUAUCACAAUCAACUGUCAGGAAGUUACAGAAUGUGAUGUCGGAAGAAAGCCCACCGAGUGGUAGUCCGAGAGAGAAGGGACCACUAGAGCCAAUGGCUGGUCAAUCAACUCCGUUGCAAUCGGGGGACGAGAUACCUGCUAUCCCUCUUCCGUUCAAAAACUCCUUGCAAUUAUCCAGAACUUCAACGAAAAACGCCACUUCGGCGCUGGAGCCCAGCUACACGUCUCAGGGUAGACAGGGUAGCUACCACAGGUCCAACCCGUCGAUAGACUCGUACGGUGAUGACUUUCAGACAGUUGAGGUUUCAAUUGCGAGGUCCAUAUCGGUCAGCAAGCGGAAACAUAUGCUGGUUCCGAUUGGAGGAAAGUCCAGCGCCCUCCGGUCAAAUGGACGGCUUGUGGAAAGGAGAGUUGCGACCCCAACCGCAGAGGCUGUGCAUAAGGGUCAUCGUUAUGAGAAGUCCCGAGUUGCUGUGCUGGAAAAUUCAGAUUGAAGCCAAGGGUGAUGCCGCUGCUUCCGCUGUCGAAUCCAGAACCCUCAGGUGUCUUCACCUCCUUUUUUUAAAUCAAAGCCUCCUAGGUGUUGACUCCUUUCUAUAACUAGGUCGCUACGCUCCACUCGCUUCUUUUAUUAUUCUUUAUUUUUCUCUAAACUUUGCCUCGGACAGAGGAUGCUUUGGAGCUGGGAAAUGUUUGGAUGUGCUACGAGGAUACAGUUUUUUGGUUUACCAUAACUACGACACACGCCGUGAGUGUGCUUUUACGCGAAUGAGACAGGAAAAGGUGCAGGAAUAUCGGAGCUAGGCUUCUUUUGUAGCCACAUUUCCGCAUAAUGGGAGUUCAAUGUUUGAUCA